AUGAAUGGACAUAGAGGUGAUCUAGAAUCUCUAGUUAGAAGAUCAAUUACUGCUUUAAAACACAGUGGCACAGAUUCGGCAGAGACUCAACAUAUUGCUGAAUUGAUGGAGAAGCGUCGAGAAGUAACAAAAGAAGAAUAUAAACUAGCUGAAGUCAUGCUGAGCUUAACCAAAGCAAUUAGACUUCGAUCGCAGGCUGAAACGGAAGGCAGACUUCUAAAUGCCGAACUAGAUCGUAGAAGAGGUGAAAUGAGCUUGGUUAAAUCUACAUCACCAAGUCGAAGAGCUUAUGCAUGCUCGUUAUCUCCGAGACGAAGAGGAGUACGUGGAUCACGUGCUGUUGCCAGUCCGAAAGUCGACAGACGAUGUACUGUAAGUUCAUAUGAAGGAAAAAAUAAACGCUUGAAUUAUAAAAGCUUAUCUCCAAAUCGAACAUCUACUGACCAAACAUCGCAAGAUUCAAGCAGCCCAGAUGAUCUCAAAGUUCCCAACAGGAUAACAAAUAUACGUAGUCCUAAGAAUGAAAUCCAAGUGCAAGGAUCAGAUGUUAGGAUAAAAACUCCAGAUUUCGAAGUCUCUGUGCAUUCUGGUAAUGAGUCAACACAGUCGUGA